UUGGUUUAUGUUUGCUCCACAGCCGACGCGCUUUCUCCUCCGGUCCGAUCCACCAUAAGAACUUCUUCUGGAGCCUCUAGAACUCGCAGCAGGAAGGUUUUCUGGAACUGGAUCUGGAAAACCUUCUGCAUUAAACGAAUCGCUGUGGUUUCGUUCUAUGUUCGUGACGCAGGGGUGAUCGGUCUGUAACGGCGGCUUCUAAUCUAAUGAUAGAGUCUGUUCUGAAGGUUACGAUGGUUUCUGGAGUCACAAAAGUGGAUUCAGAAAAAGGUUCUCGAGUCAAAGUGGGUUCCAUAUUUCCCUCCAUGCACGUGGUGUUCACCGUGCUGCUGGUCGCCUGGAGUUUGAUGUUUGUCGUGCCGGUUGGUUGCCAAAGAAACUUCUCAUCCGAGCCGUCGGACCUGAACCUGCUCGGCCUUCAUGGCACCGACCCGCCUCAUCGUAUCCAGGCCUCAGACGCGGAGCCUCACCUGCUGCAGGAGACUGUGAACAAGCUCCCGGCCUCGCUGGAGAAAGGAAAAUCAAAACACGUGAACAAGCUGAAACACAAACAUGACAGAAAGUCUUCCUCCAACUCCUCGCUGGCGGUUCGUGAGCGGCCGGUGUCGCCGCCCAGCUGCCUGCAGGUCACGUCCAUAAACCCCGCCUUCAGGUACUUCAACACGGUGCUGUCCUGCGUUAUCUUUGCUGUGGGGAUCAUUGGAAACGGCACCCUGCUGAGGAUUAUCUACCAAAAUAAAAGCAUGAGGAAUGGCCCCAACGCUUUGAUAGCCAGUCUGGCCCUCGGAGACCUGAUAUACAUCGCCAUCGACAUUCCAAUCAACGUGUAUAAGCUCCUGACGAUGCCGUGGCCGUUUGCCGACAGCGUGUUCGGUCUGUUCCUCUGUAAGCUGUUACCCUUCCUGCAGAAAGCUUCAGUCGGCAUCACCGUCCUCAACCUGUGUGCUCUGAGUGUGGACAGGUAUCGUGCGGUGGCGUCCUGGUCCCGGGUGCAGGGCACAGGUGUUCCCACGGUGACGGCGGUGGAGAUCGUGGUGAUCUGGCUGCUGUCGAUGGUGCUCGCCGUGCCGGAGGCCAUCGGCUUCGACAUGGUCUCCUUCGAAUACAAGAAUGUCACCCUGACGACCUGCAUGCUGCAGCCCAAGACGCCCUUCAUGAUUUUCUACAGGGAUGCAAAGGACUGGUGGCUGUUUGCCUUCUACUUCUGCGUACCUCUGCUCUGUUCUGCCGUCUUCUACGGCCUGAUGACCUGCGAGAUGCUCAGACACCAGAAGGGAAGUCUGAGAAUCGCACUGAGUGAACACCUUAAACAGCGCAGAGAAGUAGCUAAAGCCGUGUUCUGCCUGGUGCUGAUCUUCGCUCUGUGCUGGUUUCCACUUCAUCUGAGUCGCCUGCUGAAGAGAACCGUCUACAGAUCCCACGAUGCUCACCGCUGCGAACUGUUGAAUUUCCUGUUGGUGCUCGACUACUUCAGCAUCAACAUGGCCACCAUCAACUCCUGCAUCAACCCCAUAAUCCUCUACUUUGUCUCCAAGAAGUUCAAAAACUGCUUCAAGUCCUGUCUGUGUUGUUGGUGUUAUUCUGGAUCUCUCUCCAGCAGCACGCUGCCGCUGCACCACGGGACGAGCCUGCAGUACAAACACACUGACCACUGA